AUGGCACCACCAACUUUCGAUGGAGAAAGUUAUCAAAUCUGGGCAGUUAGAAUGAGGAUAUAUCUACAAGCUUUGGAUUUCUGGGAAGCUUUUGAAGAUGAAUACGAGAUAGCUCUCUUGUCAGACAAUCCCAUGGUGGCGCAGAUUAAAACUCACAAGGAGAGGAAAACCAGAAAAUCAAAGGCAUUGGCAUGCUUAUUUACUACAGUUUCAUCUAAUAUCUUUACUCGUAUCAUGUCUCUGGAAUCAGCGAAAGAGGUAUGGGAUUAUCUCAAGACUGAGUAUGAAGGAUAUGAAAGGAUUCGAGGGAUGCAAGUAUUGAAUCUGGUAUGUGAGUUUGAGCUGCAAAGGAUGAAAGAAAGCGAAACCAUAAAGGAGUACUCUGAUAGACUCCUUAAUUUAGCAAAUCGCAUCAGAUUGUUGGGUUCCGCUUUCAAUAAUUCAAGGAUCAUUGAGAAAAUCCUAGUAACAACACCUAAAAGAUUUGAAGCUACCAUAACAAUCUUAGAAAAUACUAAGGACUUGUCCAAGAUAACACUUGCAGAGCUCUUAAGUGCUUUUCAAGCGCAAGAGCAACAACGUGUUAUGAGACAAGGAGGAGCUGUCGAAGGUGCCUUACCAGCUAAGCAUCACGAUGAUAGACGUUCUAAGAAGAAGGAGAAUAAUAAGCACCAACCAACUGAUGGAGAAGGUGCAGCGCAUAGCAACAAAAAUAAAACAGGUGGUUUCAAAAGAAACUACCCUCCUUGUAAGAAUUACGGCAAGCUCGGAUAUGCACCUUUUAAGUGUUGGGAAAGGCCUGAUGCCAAGUGCGCUAAGUAUAAUAAGCUUGGGCAUGAAGCGAUAAUCUGCAAGAACAAAACUCAGCAACAAGAUACAGAGGCUCGAGUUGUUGAUGAACAGGAAGAAGAUUAA